CAGAACGGGGAAGAACAAAGUUGAGUAGUUAGCCUGCUAGCUAACUAGCUAAGCGGAGUUACUGUAGUAACGACAUGGACCUCUCAAGGCAUCUCAUUCACAUGAAGGGGAGAAGGCAGGGCUGCCUAACCUAGGGCUACUCCAUCCUGCUUGUCCCUCCUUUUCAUCUGUGCCUCUCCCUCUUUGCACCUUUGUGUGUGUCUGGCUGUCUCUCUCUCUCUCUCUCUCUCUCUCUCUCUCUCUCUCUCUGUGUAUGUGUGUGUGUGUGUGGGGGGGGGAACGAUGUUGUGCUGGGGCAGUUCAGCUCAGGGUCAGCUGGGCCUCAGUGACUCGGAGCCUGCCGUCUUUGAGCCAAGGAGCUGCCACAUGUUUGACGGGAGCGGGCUGAGGGAGAUGGCAUGCGGUGGGAAGCACACACUAUUCCUGCUACACGACGGGAGCAUGUACACAUGCGGCUCCAACAGCCACGGUCAGCUGGGCCAUGAGAAACCGGGAUCCAAGCCAGAGCUGGUGGUGGCACUGGACGCGCAGAAGAUCGCAGGGGUUGCGUGCGGGCGGACCCACUCACUGGCCGUAAACGAGCAUGGCCAGGUGUUUGCGUGGGGGGCAGGUGAGGGGGGCCAGCUUGGUCUGGGCACCACAGAGGAAGCGGUGAGAGUGCCCAGGUUGAUUAAGAAGUUGUGUGAGCAUCGAAUCUCGCAAGUCAUGUGUGGCAAUCAGCACUGUAUAGCACUCUCUAAAGAUGGUCAGCUGUUCACAUGGGGCCAGAACUCCAGCGGUCAGCUGGGUCUGGGGAAGGGGGAGCCCAGCUCGGUCUCUCCUCAGCCCCUCAAAUCUCUGUGUGGGAUCCCACUGGCUCAGAUCAGCGCUGGAGGAGACCACAGCUUCGCCCUGUCUCUCUCUGGAGCCGUGUUCGGCUGGGGCAGGAACAGCGCCGGACAGCUGGGCCUCAAUGACGAGCUCGAUCGGGCCGUGCCGUGCCACAUUAAGUUCCUGCGCUCCCAGAAGGUGGUCUACAUCAGCUGCGGGGAUGAGCACACUGCUGCCCUGACAAAGGACGGAGGGCUGUUCACAUUUGGAAAUGGCUCAAGGGGGCAGUUGGGUCACGACUCCACCAAAAAUGAGCCCCUACCCCGCAGGGUGCUGGAGCUGAUGGGCACAGAGGUGUCGCAGAUCACCUGUGGCAGCCACCACACGCUGGCAUUUGUACCUUCCACCGGCUUGGUUUACGCCUUUGGCUGCAAUGAUCACGGCCAGCUUGGCUUAGGGAGCCGAGGAAAUGCCAAGAUCCCCCUGCCAGUCCGAAACAUCCAUCCUCCGUAUCUUGGCAGCACACAAACAGACAUGGGGAAGUACACCGUCUGCAAGAUCCACAGUGGAGGUGAUCACAGCUUCCUUCUGCUCACAGAUGAUGAGAGCUACCCAGAGGACUUUCGCAUUACCAACACAUCUAAAAGCAUUUCCCUGAUCAAUAAUGAGAGUCUAAACAGUUUGAGGUUGAAGCUCCUGGACACCAGUGACUCCAGCAUCACAAAUGACAUCAUACUGCUGUUGUCCUCAACUGCGUGCUGGAACGCCAGCUUUCUGGACCAGAGUGAUGACAAACAUUUUAAAACCAACCCCAAAGUCCCGGGCAUCGAUCUCAACUUGGUCCGCCUGCUGUUUGACACACUGAUGAAACCUGCCUAUUCUAGGCUGCUGGAACAGAUCACUAAGAGCUUUGAGAGUCUGCUGAUCCCCCAGCUGUCCUGCUCCCCUCCUGAUGUGGAGGCCAUGCGCAUCUACCUGAUCCUCUCUGAGUGCCCUGCUCUCCAUGACUCCAAAAACUACCUCUCCUUGACCAUCCCCUUGGCCAUGGCUAUCCUCAGACUGGACGCCAACCCCAGUAAAGUGCUAGAUAACUGGUGGUCGCUGGUUGACUGCGAAGUGUUCUCCAGACUGGUAGAGAUGUAUAAGAGCAUUGUGGUGUUCCUACUCACUGGUGGCAAGGCCCUUCUCAUCCCUGUGUUCCUGGAGAGCUACAUUAGCGCCACGCUAAAGCUACUGGAGAAACUGCACAAGGUGAACCUGAAAGCCCAGCAUGUGGAGUACAACUGCUUCUACAUCCCUGACAUCACCAGCCUAGUGGACAUCCAAGAAGACUACCUCAAGUGGUUUUUGAGCAAAGCUGAGAUUAAAAUGCGGUCACCUCCAGUACAGAGUUCUGUCACGUUAUGUGCCUAUCCGUUCAUAUUGAACGCUCAAGCCAAGACCACCAUGUUGCAGACGGACGCAGAGCUACAGAUGCAGAUGGCAGUGAGUGGUGCCAACCUCCACAAUGUCUUCAUGCUGCUCACUCUGGAACCUCUGCUGGUGCAGAACCCGUACCUGGUGCUUCACGUGCGUAGGGACCACCUGGUCAGCGACGCGCUACGCGAGCUCACCAUCUAUAACGAUGUGGACCUGAAGAAACCCCUGAAGGUGAUCUUUGAUGGGGAGGAGGCCGUUGACGCCGGAGGGGUCACCAAGGAGUUCUUCUUACUUCUGCUGAAGGAACUAAUGGAUCCGGUCUACGGCAUGUUCACCCAGUAUCCAGAAUCCAACCUGCUCUGGUUCUCCGAUAAAUGUUUUGUGGAACACAACUGGUUCCAUUUGAUCGGGAUCCUCUGUGGUUUGGCCAUCUACAACUCCACCGUGGUUGACCUGCACUUCCCCCUCGUACUCUACAAGAAGCUCCUGGAUGUUUGUCCUUCUCUGGAAGACCUAAAGGAGCUGUCCCCUACUGAGGGCAGGAGCCUCCAGCAGCUGCUGGACUAUGAGGGAGACGAUGUGGAGGAUGCCUUCUGUCUCACUUUUGCCAUAACCCGGGAGUAUUAUGGGAUGACAGAGGUGAAGGAGCUGAUACCUGCUGGGGAGAGCAUCACAGUGAUAAAGUCCAACAGAGAGGAGUUUGUUCAGGCCUACCUGCGCUACAUCUUCAGUGACUCCGUGCGUGAGCUCUACUCUGCUUUCUCUGGGGGCUUCCUGAAGGUCUGCGGUGGGCGGGUCCUCUCUCUGUUCCAGCCCUCUGAGCUCAUGGCCAUGGUGGUGGGCAACAGCAGCUAUGACUGGGAGGAGCUAGAGAAGAAUGCCGUCUACAAGGGCGAGUUCUCUGCUUCCCAUCCCACAGUCCACAUGUUCUGGGAGGUGUUCCAUGACUUUCCCUUGGAGAAAAAGAAAAAGUUCUUAUUGUUCCUGACAGGCAGUGACCGCAUUCCCAUCCACGGCAUGGCCAGCCUGCGCAUCAUCCUGCAGUCGACGGCGGUGGCGGAGAACUACCUGCCCGUGGCCCACACCUGCUACAACCUGCUGGACAUGCCCUGCUACAGGACCAGAGACACGCUACACCUGCAGCUCACACGCGCCAUUGAACAGUACGAGGGCUUCAGCCUGGUCUGAGCCCAGUCCCACCCCCAGCCCCGCCCACUAGCACCCGGCUACGUGGGGCUGCGGGACAAGAGAGAGGCGUGCCAUCUAGCCAUGCCUGAUGAAGAGCGCGUCUGCCCGCGGUUGAGGAAGGACUGUUCCUGUAAGGGUACCUGCGCUAACUCCCACUGGAAUAAAUGUUAUUGUCCUGUUUUCCAAGUGGGAGUCUAAUGUGUGAAUUUAAUUCAUGAGAUGUGCACAUUUAGUCAGAGUAUAUUUUUUUGCUUUCUCUUUCUGAGUUCUUGGACUUGACGAGUGUGAGGGUGGUGUGAAUUUUGUCUGCGAUACCUACAUCCUAUCUGUGCGUAUUUUUCGGCUGGUCUGGGAUCAGACCUGAGCAUCUUGUUGGCAGUGGCUUUUUUUUUUUUUUGACACCACAUGGUUAUUUUUUCCCCCCUUCUGCGGUUGAUAUAUUGGUUCAUAAACAUCACCACCACGGGCCUUCGUCUUGUGACCUUCACCCUGGCUGCCUGAGGCCCUGGGCCUGGACAUGCUGCAGCAGGUGUGGAGGUCAGAGGUGUAUAUCCAGAGGCGAAGGCCAGGCCAUCUUCACUCUCAGUCCCUUCUGUCCUGGCGUCAUGCUGAUUCCUGGAGCCGGAGGAGACGGGAGACAUGGCCUUCACUGCAGCGAGCCACGUAUGAGGAGACACUCCUUGGCUCUUCGCUGUCCGGUUUAGUUGUUUUUGCACUCAGUGAUGAGCGUGCAUGCAAGUGUGACAUGCAGAGUGGAAGACAAGUCUGCUUAUGACUGUUUAUUGCAACAAUAAAUAAUGUAUAUAGUAAAACCCAAAUAUUGUAUUUAUGGUUUAAAAAAAUCUGAUUACUAAAGAUUUGAAAGCUACAAUUGUUACUGUAACUUGUGUGAUUGCAUUGAGAAUCACCAGGAAGCCUUUGGUUGAUGUUGAAGGAGGGGAUUCAGCAGUCAGUACAUGAUGAUGGAUCUGUCUUUGAUUGGUUGAUCUUUCUUUCAAUACUGGCCUAUGCAUAAUUAUGGAGCUGUUAAUUUAGCAAAAAAACUUAAAAUCUGAUUUUGUUCAUUUUUAAUUAUUGUAGAAUUUCUUCAGAACCAUAACCUCAGUAAGACAUGGAGGUAUUUUUUGGCAGUCACUGUUGGCUGUUAUCAAGUGUUGCGUCAGAAUGACUGGAUGUGUAGAUGAGGGCUAACGCGUCUUCACUCGUACAGCUAGAGUUCACCAGGCACUCCCCUCCAUUCCAUUUAUUAAAUAUAAGCAAGGGCUUCUCACUGGCUAGUGAUGCGUUAUUUGUAAAGUAUAUUUACUUUUAUACCUCUCAAAUGAAAUAUAUUGUUUUACCAAUUUUCUUUUUCAGAACAAAUAAAAUUAUAAUUCCACCUCUAAAUGUGUUGGUAUGUGGUCAAGAGUCCAUAAAUUGUACAUUGCUCACAGCAUUGCGGCACAGAACACACCAGACGAGUUCAUCCAGUAAAAAUAGGUUUCAUUUUGUCAUUUGUACAAAAUACAAAUAAAAUGUACUAAAAUGUACACAUCUGUGUUCAUUAGAAAGCAUCAGUGUUCACAUUCCAUAAAAACGAAGGUCACACUGCAUAUGUCCAGUUUGGAACCAGACAGGCCAGGCCCACGCACUCCUGUGGACCGCCCGUCUGGGUCUGGGUCUGGAGUUGGCCAGAACAAGGAAUAGACCCAGCUCUCUUUCUUCAUAAAACUAUCGCUUGGCAAUAAACAAAAGAAAAGCAGACACUUUCCUGUACUGUUGGCCCAUGCCACUGUUACACAGUGACAUUAUAAUGACAGCCAGUUAGAUUAUGGAGCUUAUUUCAUACGUGAGGAAAAAAGAAUGCUUUAACAAUACAUUACAAAUUCCUGGUUUAGCCAGUGUCUAAGGUGUUCAUCUGCGUUAAGAGUAGAAAAGGACUCAAAGAAUCUCACCUGCCUUCCAGUACAGAGUGAUUCCAUUUCAACAAAAUUAAUAACUUGUUUGGCUGCACUGUUUAUAAGCAGUUAAGCAAAUUACUGAUGAGAGAAUAUGAACCAGUACAUUAAAAUAGAAAGACCUACAACGAAAUGUUUCUAUAGCAGCAGCACUAUUAGUAAAUCGAGCCAUGCGUGAAAUAUGGCACUGGUCCUAAUAAACAUUAGAAAACAACAUUUUGUCCUGAUUUGCAUGCAGGUUGCAGUUGUUACUGUAUUUACAGAGCUUUCUGUCCAACAUUUGCUAAAAUCUUUUCUCCUUUCUGACAGGCCUUACAGUGAAAAUAUAUUCACCACCAAAUAAUUAUAUAAAACCUAAGACUUUCAGAUUCUCAAUUCUGUUAUGAAACAUUUAUAACCCUCUGAUUACACAAACAUGUCUGCAAAAGUGGUGUAUCACAUAACUAACACGAGUUGUGUGGUAUAAAAACAUUUUAUAAUUCACACAGACGUGUCAACUUCUUUGCUCUGCUGUGGUACUGGUAUGGAGGGGUGCUGAUGAAUGAAGAUUUGUCUCAACUACUGAGGGAUCAGUUAGGGAGCACUAUCCAUCAGUGGCAGGCGACAGCCCUGCAUCUGUGGUCCUGCAGACGUCCCGCAGAAGGACUGAGGUGAUGUCAAUCUGAGGGUUGGGAAGGUGAGCGGUGAGGAUUUUACAGACGUCCCGCAGAGGUGACAGUGGCCACAUCUCUGAUGACAUCAGCCUAAUUGGCCUGGAAGCCACAUAAAAACAACACAAAAACAACCAAACCAAAA